AGGUGACCCCACGACUUGCGCCUGCCUUCUCCGGCUGCCCGGCGUCCAAGCUCCGAGCACUAGAGUCCGGGCCCCCGAACCCACCGCAGGGGAGUGACGCGGGCUGACGACUGAGAUCCCGGCGUGCGGAACCGGCCCGAGCAGGCGACCAGACCGCCGCGCGGAUGGCGGCGGCCGCGGCGCAGCUGCUGGGCGAGGACGGGCGCGGCUACGAGCUCGCGCGGCGGCUGGAAGCGUGCGGCGCGUGGCGCGCGUGGCUGGGCGACGACGCCGCGCACGCCGCGCUCGCGCAGCACCUCACGUCCCCGGCCACCUGGGACGCCUUCCUCUCCCCCGCCGCCUCCCCGUCGCCGCCCCCGCGCCCGCUCCUCCUCCUCCAGCUCCGCGUCCGCGCGCUCCUCUUCGACAAGGCCUCCGCUGCGCUCCAGCUUGCCCCCCGCGGCGCGGGCUCUGCAGGCCUUCACUCCAUCAACGCCAACUAUCUUGAGCUUCAUGGAGAUGAUAUUUAUUUCUCUUUGGAAGAUGAGCAUGAAGAUAAUGCUCAACAUCAAGUGCAUUCUAGAACCGCAUUUAGUCCAAGCAGGGAUGGUUCAAUGUUGUCUCAAAGGCAUAACCGAUAUGACGAAUUACCUGACUCGUGGUACAAACAAUAUGCUAACAAAUUCAGGACAUGGCACAGUACGCUUCGGGCAGGUGACAAAGAAAUACCAAAGAGAACACCAGAGGGAAUGUCUGACUAUCUUAAGGUUUGCAGUGCACAUAAAAGGAAGAGAGCAGUGUUUAUGGAUGAUCCCAGCAUAUCUGCUCCCAUGGUGGAAAAUGGCCCUUCCCUGCACUCAAAGAAUGCUGGGGAGCACAGCAAUUCAGCUGAAGAAACUUUAAUUCCAGAAAUUAGAUUUCCAUCUGACUGUGUUCCAGAAAGUGCAAUUCCGAAAACAAGUGGGAUAUCUAUGACCAAAAUAGAUGUUCAUGGGGUUCUUGAUAACUUACCAGCACCAGUUAGCCGCAACACUGCAAUGCUUGAAAGGUUUGGAAUGGUACCUGAAUAUUACAAGACAGGAAACAAAUAUAGAGGAAAAGAUGGAUCUAGAGUAGAAGGGAAAUCUUUAAGUCAAGAGCAAGCCUUGCUCAUGACAAGGAAAUUGGUUGCUCGUUACUUAGCAAAUUCAGGCUUUCAUAGUGGAACUGCGGUCUCUAUUGAUGUUCUUUCAGAGAUAAUUAUUAAGCACAUAUGUAAAUUGGGACGCAACUUGAAGCUUCUAACUGAUAGCUACAGGAAGCAAUUUUCAUCGGUUGAACUCCUUAAGAUGUUCCUACAGACUGUUGGCUACAGUAACAUUGGGCCCUUGAUGGAGAUCACAAAGAUGGGAAAUAGAGUGGCCAACUACCCCGUUCAUCAAGAUGCACAAGUUCUUCAGUCACAACAUCCAAACUCCCUUCUUCAUGCACAGCAGCUUACAAGGCAGUUUCCUCUGCAACUGCUUCAGAAUUUGACACCACAGCAACAGCAACAGCUUCAGAAUUUGACACCACAGCAGCAGCAGCUUCUGCAGCAGCAUCAUUGGCUGAGGCGGAGCCAAUUGAGCAGCCCCCGUGGUCCUCUUACGAUGGCAGACAAGAACCAGCCUAUGGUGAAUGUGAAGAUCGAGAACACUACGGAUUCUCAAAUAGAUGGCCCAUAUGGAUCUUUCAGUAGACAACAGCAAUUAAACCUAAGGCAGCAGCAGUUGUUGCAUCAUCAGCAACAGCAACUUCAGCAGCAACACAUCCAGCAGCAGCAGCAGCAGCAGCAGCAGCACCUUAAUCAGCAGCAGCAGCAAUUACAACAGCAGCAGCAACUACAACAACAGCAGCACCUUAAUCAGCAGCAGCAGCAGCAGCACCUACAACAACAGCAGCAGCAGCUUAACCAGCAGCAGCACCUGCAACAACAACAGCAACUUAGCCAGCAGCAGCAGCAGCACCACCACCAAAUGACCAUGUCAGCAAACCAGAAUGCACAGCUAGCACAGCAAUUCAAGCAAGUGCCAGCAAUGAGUGCAUACGGCAUGCGGAUGCCGAUGCAGCCUAUGAAAGUAGAAGCCUUCCAUGAACUGGUGAGCGGAGACUCCUCGCUGAAGCAGGACAACGACCCUAACAAACUUACUUCUCCGAAGUAGUAGACGCUCUUGCCUGUUGUGUCUACCUGCGGUGUACAAAGGAUAGCGCUUAUUGCUGUUUCCCAUUUUCCUCGCAAAAACCUCAUGAUUCGCGAGCUUGAUUGCAUGCAGCAAAAAAAGAAAAAAAAAAGAAAAAAAAGAGACAAGACGUGUACUGUAGAUGUAAGGUAUCUGGCUAGUUCCUUUACUGAACGUUCUUAUACAGCUCAAUGCCAAAAGAUUAUACUAGUUUCGCAUCAUCGUA